GGGACAGUGAAGACGCUAGGCGAUCCUUCCGGGAAUGGGGCGUGCACUUUCUUCCGCUUCUUAGACCUCAUGCCCCAACCGGCCGCGGCGGGAACGUGUGUGUGUGGGUCGUCUCUCCGAGCCAUCUAGUUCCAUCCUUGUCGCUGCGGCGACACCCGCACCCGCCGCCGUCAUGACUGAACAGAUGACCCUUCGUGGCACCCUCAAGGGCCACAACGGCUGGGUGACCCAGAUCGCUACCACUCCCCAGUUCCCGGACAUGAUACUGUCCGCCUCUCGAGACAAGACCAUCAUCAUGUGGAAGCUGACCAGAGAUGAGACCAACUAUGGUAUCCCACAGCGUGCUCUUCGGGGUCACUCCCACUUUGUUAGUGACGUGGUCAUCUCCUCAGAUGGCCAGUUUGCCCUCUCAGGCUCCUGGGAUGGAACCCUUCGCCUCUGGGAUCUCACAACGGGCACUACCACGCGCCGAUUUGUAGGCCAUACCAAGGAUGUGCUGAGUGUGGCCUUCUCUUCUGACAACCGACAGAUUGUCUCUGGCUCCCGAGAUAAAACCAUCAAGCUAUGGAAUACUCUGGGUGUAUGCAAAUAUACUGUCCAGGAUGAGAGCCACUCAGAGUGGGUGUCUUGCGUCCGCUUCUCGCCCAACAGCAGCAAUCCCAUUAUUGUCUCCUGUGGCUGGGACAAGCUGGUCAAGGUAUGGAACUUGGCAAACUGUAAGCUGAAGACCAAUCACAUUGGCCACACAGGCUACCUGAACACUGUGACCGUCUCUCCAGAUGGAUCCCUCUGUGCUUCUGGAGGCAAGGAUGGCCAGGCCAUGCUGUGGGACCUCAAUGAAGGCAAGCACCUUUACACGCUAGAUGGUGGGGACAUCAUCAAUGCCCUGUGCUUCAGUCCCAACCGCUACUGGCUCUGUGCUGCUACGGGCCCUAGCAUCAAGAUCUGGGACUUGGAGGGCAAAAUCAUUGUAGAUGAAUUGAAGCAAGAAGUUAUCAGUACCAGCAGCAAGGCAGAGCCGCCUCAGUGUACCUCUCUGGCCUGGUCUGCUGAUGGCCAGACUCUGUUUGCUGGCUACACAGACAACCUGGUGCGAGUGUGGCAGGUGACCAUUGGCACCCGCUAAAAACAUGGGAGAGCUUUAAAAAUUAAAAAAACUGGUUUUCUUUUA